AUGGUCGACACAGGUGCCAUGAAACUCCGUGUGCACGACCCGGCCUUUGUGGCUGAACAGAGGCGGAUAGCAAAUGGUUGGAUACAGGAAACUGCUCCUCAAGGCGCUGUUGGAAAUGGCAAGCGUCCAGGAGCUCUUUGGCUCCUCCUAAAGAAAGAGAUGGAGCAUCAGCGGGAAAGGCACCGCACCGCUUUCAGGAACAUGCCUUGCAUGCCGUUUGAUGUUUGGCUUCUCAUGAAGGAUGAGGAGGACAUAGCUACAGCAGGUGGUUCCAAGGUAGAGCCUCCUGAAGUGAAGGAGGAAAGGAAGCACUACUACCGCAGGUGGGCACUGCUUCAUGGUUUCGCGACAUCUGCAGCAAGUGUACAGAAACAGCACCAAGAUCUGAUGCUGGGCCGUUCGGGCACUGUCCUGGGCACAACUUCCGUGGAGCACACCAGGCCGGGAUUCAGACUUAGCGAGCCAGAAAAAUUAGACACUUAA